AUGGGUAGCAUGGCCAAAAGACCAAACUUCCUCGUCAUCGUCGCCGAUGAUCUUGGCUUCAGUGAUAUCUCUCCCUAUGGAGGAGAGAUUCAAACCCCCAACCUUGCAAGGUUGGCAAAGGAAGGAAUCCGGAUGACCAACUUCCAUACUGCAUCUGCUUGCUCUCCGACUCGAUCUAUGCUGUUCUCUGGGACCGACAAUCAUAUUGCUGGACUCGGACAAAUGGCAGAGUUCAUGAGGUCAUUUGGCGACUACUUCAAAGACAAGCCGGGCUACGAGGGAUAUCUGAACUGGCGCGUGGCAGCAUUAUCUGAGAUCUUGCAGGACUCCGGAUACCACACGAUCAUGUCCGGAAAAUGGCACUUGGGAAUGACAAAGGAGCUUUCCCCUUACUCAAGAGGAUUCGACAAGAGCUUCUCCCUGUUGCCAGGGGCUAGCAACCACUACAACUAUGAACCGCAACUAGACGAUGGCGAAUUCCAAGCUCCAUGUUUGAACACUAACGGCUUUUGGAUGGAAGGCAGCGAAUAUGUAGAUCGUUCAACUGAUCUUCCGAAGGACUUUUAUUCGACUCGAACAUUCACCGAUAAAAUGAUUGGGUUCUUACAAGAGCGCACAGAGGAAGAGUCGCAGAAGCCAUUCUUUGCUUAUUUGCCAUAUACCGCACCCCACUGGCCUCUUCAAGCGCCCCGUGAGAUCAUUGAGAGAUACGCGGGUGUGUAUGAUGAUGGCCCUGAUGCCUUGACCCAGAAGCGACUUCGUCGCCUCAAGGAGCUGGGUUUGGUAGAUGAAGAUGUCGAUCAUUCUCCGCCCGUAGGGGCUCUUGGAAAAGACUGGGAAGAGAUGUCAGCAGAGGAGAAGAAGAUAUCUGCGCGCAAAAUGGAGGUCUUCGCGGCCAUGGUAGAACUGCUUGAUCAUAACAUUGGGCGAGUUAUUGACCAUCUUGAGUCAACUGGAGAGCUGGAAAACACCUUUGUCUUGUUCAUGUCUGAUAAUGGGGCUGAAGGUGCAGCCUUGGAAGCUCUCCCGCUCAUGGGUGGUGCACGAAUGAUGGGCGACAUCAUCACCAAGUAUUACAAAAACACAUUGGAUAAUAUUGGCGAUCCCGACUCAUUCGUUUGGUACGGUGCUCGCUGGGCUUGUGCUGCAACCGCCCCCUCUCGAGGCUUCAAGGGCUGGGUGACUGAAGGUGGCAUUCGUUGCCCCUGUGUGGUUCGAUAUCCGGCCUUUCAGACCAAACCGGAAGCUAUCACGACAUCCUUCACGACGGUCAUGGACAUCCUCCCCACCAUCCUCGAUUUGGCCGGAAUUGCCCAUCCCGGCACGCACUUCCGGGGACGUGCAGUUGUUGCCCCGAGAGGUCAAUCUUGGGUGUCGCACUUAGCUUCUGGUGAUCUCCAGAAGACAAGCGUUCAUAAGGAGGAUGUGCACAUCCACGGGUGGGAACUCUUCGGCCAGCGGGCGAUCCGCGAAGGGAAGUGGAAGGCUGUCUGGAUUGCGAAGCCUCGUGGAAAUGAUGAAUGGGAGCUCUUCGAUGUCGAAGCAGAUCCUUCCGAGUUGAAUGACGUUUCACAGACCAGGUCGGACGUUCUUGAUCGCCUGAUCCAGCACUGGGAACAGUACUAUGCGGAAACUGGUAUGGUGCAGACCCCGGCGUUUCAUCCAAGGAAGUAG